AUGGAGGAAUUUUUCAAACACUUGAUCCCUGGCAUACCAGAAGAAAGAUGGGCGAUUGAUCGUGCCCACCGGGCUCUGCGAGCCAGGAGAGCAGAAAGGUCCGUGGCCAGAGAUGUCAUAAUUCGUUUCCACCACUAUUGCACCAAGGACGCUAUUGUCAAAUAUUGCAUAGACAAUGUGUUACAAUACCAGGACACCAAGCUGGGAAUGUACCAAGACCUCGGACCCGCUACCCUACAACGACGUAAGGAGUGGAGACUGGCCGCGGAACUCUUCCGGAGCCACGAAAUACGAUACACUUGGGGACACCCCUUCAAAUUGGUGGCAUUCAAGGCUGGAAGGACUCAAACCCUUACACCGGGAGCCCACCCAGUCCCCUUCUUCAGAGGACUCAACGCCGACGUGCCGCCUGACCCUGCCAAACCACUUGAGACCAAAGCUGAUACCCAUCGCACGAGAAUGGCAGGAGAUCGGGGUCAUAUCGGACGGUACGACUUGAGAGAGACGCUGAUGGACAUGCACCUUAUUCGUUAUGGGGAACCUUCCCUCUUAUAA